GUUCUCACUUCCCUGAGCGGCUUCAAGAAGCAAGAUGUCAAAAGAGAAGAAGAAAGACGCGGACAAGGAUAAGGACAAAGAUAAGGAUAAAGAUAAGGAUAAGCCGGAUGCACCAAAGGAUGAAGCCUACUUACUCAACAGACCCGGCGAGCCAGAAUUCAAAAUGACUUUGUCACCUACACAAGUGGUUUUCUCAUGCACACCAGAAAAGAAACCUGUAUGGACCGAUAUACGAGUCACAAAUCCUACAAAAGACAAGCAGAGUUAUAAGGUGAAAUGCACGUCAGCUGACAUAUUUCGAGUACAACCACCACUGGGGUUCAUAAAAGCUGGCGAAACAGGCACUAUCCGCAUGUGGUUUCAGAAUAAAGAAAUACCCGAAGGCCACCGACACUACUUCGCGAUAUACCACGUGAAGUGCUCAGAAGGAAAAACAGUGAAGGAAAUUUGGACAAAGAGCGUGAAACCCGAUGGUGUAAAGCGAAUUGCAGCCGUAUUUGAGAAGCCACCUUCAAGUGAUGAAAAGAAAGUGUAAUAACACGGAUUCUCGAUCCGCAAGAUUUUAAAGAUUCCUGAAGUGUAUGUGUGCGACUAGCGA